AUGGCAAACUCAAAUUCCAUACUGAAUUCAGUUUUCCUUGUUCUAUUAUUAUUCUCUGCAGAGGUAAAUAUUUCAAUAGCGACGAGCUAUCGGGGCCUUGAAAGUAUGAGAAAAAAGAUAGAUAGCCAGGAGAUUUUACGUGAAAUAUGUUCUAAUUUGGGAAAAACACUGACAGAAACUAAAAGGAGGGUAGUAUUGGUGGAUGCAGAUAGAGUGGCACCUGGAGGACCAGAUCCACGACAUCAUUAA